AUGGGAAUUGCAAUAGUACAACAGGCAAUGUCCAGAACUACGUUCAUGCAUGUGAAGAGAUACAUCAAUUUUGCGAAUAAUGAUGAAUUAGAUGUUAAUGAUAUGAUGGCCAAGCUUCGUCGAUUCUUUGACAUCAGAAACAGAAAGUUCAAACAGUUUGGCAUUUGGUCAAAGUUUUUGUCUAUAGACGAGCAGAUGGUACCUUAUUUCGGCCGUCACAGUUGCAAAAUGUUUAUUCUGGGAAAGCCGAUUCGUUUAGGAUUUAAACUUUGGUGCCUUUGUUCGUCAACGGGCUAUUUGUUUAGUUUUAUACCAUACUGUGGACAAUCCGAUGAAUACAACAGAGAGCUUGGUCUUGGAGCUGAUGUCGUUCUCCGUUUACUCAGCAACGGCGAAGCAGCUAUGCGUCACGUGGUAUUUUUCGACAACUUCUUCACUUCCUAUCAUCUUCUGUGCCUGUUAUCAGCAAAGGGGCUCUGCGCCACUGGAACUGCUCGCUGCAAUCGUGUAGCUGGGGGUGCUAUAAAUAUGAAGACCGGUAAAAUCUGCCUCGCGGCGCAUGUGAUUAUAUGUACGAUUCUAAGAACCAGAAAAUCCUUUGUCGCUGGCAAGCUAAUAAGGAGGUCACCGUUGCUACAAACCAUGAUCAGAUUCUGCCACUCUACCCUGUUCGGCGUUGGCAAAAGGCAACUAAAGCUUCUAAGAGCCUGGGAGAAAAUGGGAAAUUUGUCAACGUUGACCAACCUGCUGUGCUUCACAAUUAUAACAAAGGAAUGGGUGGUGUUGAUCUCCACGACAAUGCCAUUCAAAAUUAUCGAGUAAACAUCCGUGGAAAGAAAUGGUACUGGCCACUUUGGAUAAACACCCUAAAUUCUUCCACUGUGAAUGCAUGGAAAUUGCAUUGUUUGGUCGCGAAAUAUAAGAAUGAGAAGCCAAUGAGCCAAAACCAAUUCAAGUCGUCUGUCACUGAGUCUCUUUUGUUAACCGAUGAAAAAGAAGCAUUGGAGGUGGAUGAAGAUAUGGAGUUCCAAAGACCACGCAACUUACCAAAUGUGGUUGGUGAACACCUCAUCGUCCGUCAACCUCAAGGGAAAUGUCGUCGAUGUCAAUUGAAAGGCUGUGGAAAACCAACAGUUUGGAUGUGUGAAAAAUGUGCCAAGCAUAUGCACUCGAAGUGUUUGAAAGAUUUCCGUGAAAUACUAUCUAAAUAAUCAAAAAUAGCCAAUAUUCAAUAAACAUUUGUUUUUACUGAAAUAAUCUUGUCUAUUCAUUUAUAUUACGAUGUGUUGUUAUAUUACGAUAUGUUGUAUGUGAUGACCGCCACUGUUCGAUUAAUCGAACAUCUAUUUUGAGUAAUACCUGUGCCAUCCAUGUUUUGUCAGGUGUUGAUUUUUUUAUUGUAA